CCAGUUCCUCAGAUCCUGUCGCCGUCGCAGCCGCCUGCACAGUUGCAGCCGCGGCCGCCUCCCGCCAGCUAGCUUAGGGAAAGAGAACGUGCGAGAGCUCGGGCGUCCCUGCCCCAGCCUUUCCCUGUAGCCAUGAACCCCAACUGCGCCCGGUGCGGCAAGAUCGUGUACCCCACGGAGAAGGUGAACUGUCUGGACAAGUUCUGGCAUAAAGCAUGCUUCCAUUGCGAGACCUGCAAGAUGACACUGAACAUGAAGAACUACAAGGGCUAUGAGAAGAAGCCCUACUGCAAUGCACACUACCCCAAGCAGUCCUUCACCAUGGUGGCUGACACUCCGGAAAACCUCCGCCUCAAGCAACAGAGUGAACUCCAGAGUCAGGUGCGCUACAAGGAGGAGUUUGAGAAGAACAAGGGCAAAGGCUUCAGCGUGGUGGCAGACACACCCGAACUGCAGAGAAUCAAGAAGACCCAGGACCAAAUCAGCAACAUCAAAUACCAUGAGGAGUUUGAGAAGAGCCGCAUGGGCCCCAGCGGGGGCGAGGGCGUGGAGCCAGAGCGCCGAGACUCCCAGGACAGCAGCUACCGGCGGCCCCCAGAGCAGCAGCAGCUGCAGCCUCACCACAUCCCGACCAGUGCCCCUGUUUACCAGCAGCCCCAGCAGCAGCAGCCCACCCAGUCCUAUGGUGGUUACAAGGAGCCGGCAGCCCCAGUCUCCAUACAGCGCAGUGCCCCAGGAGGGGGUGGGAAGCGGUACCGUGCUGUGUAUGACUACAGUGCUGCUGAUGAGGACGAGGUCUCCUUCCAGGAUGGAGACACCAUCGUCAACGUGCAGCAGAUCGAUGAUGGCUGGAUGUAUGGGACCGUGGAGCGCACCGGCGACACUGGGAUGCUGCCAGCCAACUAUGUGGAGGCCAUCUGAGCCCUGUGGCACCCCCCCCCCUUCCAUCUUCAGUGCAUUCCAUGGCAUCGCAUCCGUCCUGGGGCCUGACCCGUCCCCCUUCAGUGUCUCUGUUUUUUAAGAUCUGCGACAGCUUGUUUGUUCCCACCCCUUCUCCAGCUUCUUUUGCCAACUGAAGCCUUGUUCUGCCUCUUUUGCGGGCUCCUUCUUCUGGCAGGUUUUCCUCUCCACCAUCUUCUUGGUUUUCUCGUUGGAUGAAACAGGUUGGGCUCUCUGGGGAUGGCAGGGCUGCAGGGCUGGGCUGGAACAGACCUGUGGGCUCCCAGCCUCACCUGCCUCUCUUUCCAACCCCUCAGACCCUCCUCCCUGCUCCUCUCUUGCCCAGACAUUCCGGGGCUGGGGUGAGCCCCAGAUCCCAGGCAGCUGUCUGCAUUUUCCCCUAGCACGGGGAUGGAGGGCUCUGCUGUUUUGUAGGGGCAGUGUGAUGGGCUUUACCUCUCCUUCUCAAAGAAGGGGCUACCAGCCCACUGAGGGGCUCUCUUCCCAGCCGCUACCUCCUCGAGGGCACUGUAAGGAGAGCAGAGUUCCCUAUGUGUGUUCCUUUUCACACUGUGAGUUUGCCAUCCUUUCUGCCCACGCAGGCCUGGGGUGGGCAGAGAACUCCCUGGGAAGCACUGCUGGAGUCAAGUUCUUGCCUUUCUUAAUUUUAGGGACCAUUACAGGAAGGAGGGGAACAGGAUGUUCUCCUUCUGUAGCUCUUUUGCUCACUCCUCUCCUAAUCUCCAGAGACUCUCGCCUGCCUCCCUGGCUGGAAACCAUGUCCUGAAGGGUUAGGCAGGGAUUGCCUCCAGUGGGAUAUUGAUCAGCUGGGGUACUCUGUGUCCAGCCAGCAAGGACCUCUGUGUCUCCAGGACUUAGCAUGUGGGGAGAGGAGUGAACAUGUCUGCAGGUGUCUGUGACAGGAGAAUGUGACAGUGAGAAUGAGAAGAGUGGGAAGGUGUGUGUCUGCAGGUGUGUGUGUGUGUGUGUGUGUGUGUGUGUGUGUGAGAUGCAAUGAGACGCAGAGCUGUCUUCCCCUGAGAUUUUCCAAGACAUGGAGGAAGCCCCCAUUCUUCCUCCUCUGCAGGGUGCUGGGCAGAAGUGAGAGCUGGUUGAGGAGUUGGAGUUGGUAGGGGUUGCUUUUGAGCCUGUGGCUGGGUUGCAGGUACCUUCUCUUCCCCAUCUCUGUCUGGGGCUGUGGAGUAGGAUACCAGAAGCUCCCAGGUCCCCCACACUAUGGUACCUCACUUAGUCUCUCCCCCUCACUUACAUAAAGCCCCCUUGUAGCAAGGGAGAGGGUCCUAGGGUUACAAAACUGGAAGCACCGACUCCAGGAUGAGAAAGGGAGAGGUGGUGCUACAUCCAGGUUCUCUCUCCCACCUGGGGGCUAGACAGGCUGCACCUGGCUUUACUCGUCUCUGGGUUUUCUUGUCCCCUCUUUGGGUCUUCCCUUCCCAUCUUCAUCCUGAGUCCAACAUCCAGUUCCCCUAUGGACUGGUGCCCUGCAGGAGAGGGCUGGGCUUCAAGGUGAUGUCUUAUUUAGCCUCCUAGCCAAGGAUGUUUGUGUUAGUGGUGUGUCUUGGAGUAUUCUUUGCAAGGAAGGUUGAAGAAAUGACUGAAGGAGCCCCUGCCUGAUAAUUCCUUUUCUUUCUGGCUCCUGCCUAGGUGAUGACAGGUGGGGUGUGCUACUGGGCAAUCUGGAGAACAAGAGGGCAGAGGAGAAUCUUGGGAGUCUUGGGGCGGGGGGUACUGAUCCAUUGUAUUUCCUCUUGAUCUCAAAGCACAAUGUGGGUCUGGGAACAGGUCAGGAAGCUCUGUUGAAGGACCUGAAGUUGAGAGGGUGGUAGGCAUGUGGGAGGAGCCAGAGACCUCCACUCAGCUAAACUCCCUUCCAAAGCAGAGCAAGCCAGCUGCUCCCUGUGUUCUUCUGUCCUAAAAAUGGGGACCACUUUUUCACACAUACCCCAGAGUGAGGAGGGACUGUCACACUGGUGCUGAGGGACCCAGGGCUGCUGGAGUCCAAGUUCCUUCCCAGAACCAUGCACCCCUAGAAAGAACACAGAACCCCGAGGGCUGGGCUGAGCCCCUGGUCUUUUUCUUCCUUUGCAGAGGUCUUUUAGCCAAUCUAAUCCCAGGAAGAAGACGCCUCAGAGCUAGAAUGUGAACCUAACUUUUGUGGACCAAUUCUACAAUGCAAGAAGUCAGAUGGUGUUGAAUUCUCCCAACACUGCUUCCUGUUUAUCCCCCACAUCCCUCCAGGGAGAAAACUUUCUUGCUUAAUUUCUGCCUUUCCCCCCUUCACAUAAGCACUUUUGGGCCUUUUUUUAUAGCUGAAAAAACAAAACAAAAGCAAAGUACCAUCCCAUAAAGCCUGUAUUUAAAAAGAAACAAGUGACCCUGUGAAAUGCACCUGUCCAAACAUUUCAUCUGUGUGUGUGUGUGUGUGUGUGUGUGUGUGUGUGUGUGUGUGUGUGUGUAAAGCCACUCACUCAUCUUUUGUAUGGGUUGUCUUUCUUGGGUCUGUUUGGUCCUCUCCCUUGUGGGCUUGUGCUCAUGAUCAGAUCUUUCUGGCCUGUUAGGAUUCUCAACAUUGACUUGAACCACAACUGAAUCUUUCUCCUGGUGACUCAAAUAAAAAUAUAAUUUUUACCUGCGGACUUGGUUUCCUCUCUGGCUCUGCUGUGUUGUGCUGUGCUGUGUGUGUGAGUGUGUCCUGUCUGUUUGGAGUCAUUGGUCCAUUGCCGUGUGUUGCUUAAGGAGAGGACUAGUCUGGAAGCCAAGGGGUAUUUUGCUCCCCACCAGGCUCCAACACCUGCCUCCUCGUUGAGAACUUUCUUCCAACCUGAUCCUGGCUUCCACCACUCCUCUCUGCCCUACCUGAUGACACUCCCAGAUCCAAGGCUGACAUAACCUGAGCUCCCAGUCUUUUUUUUU